AUGUCUUUGACAUGGUCUCUCUAUGACCACGAAAAGGAAGAUUCUGAGCGUCCAAAGACUCCGAACUCUCCUAAAAAUGGCAAGUUGCCAAUUGAUCUGGACUCUCCUAAACGUCAUAUCAUAUCGGCAGUUAACGGUGAAUCACCAAGACACAUCCCUAAACCUGUAGCUCAGCCGGAUUUUGAUAAAGUUAGGGAGCAGAUUAAAAACGACAUAAGAAAAGAACUUAAAAUUACAGAAGGAGCCAGAAACAUUGGGAAGUUAACAUCCAAGAAAAAAUAUCUGGCAAAUGUCAACAACUUUCUCAAAACAUCACAAAAGAAAUUAGACGAGCUUUACAAUAAGCUUCAAGAACGCAAUGCACAUAUUGUUGUGCCAGGAACUGAAGAGAUCUCAGCUGCUCCUAAAGGUGACACCAGCUCCCAGGCAGAUAACGCGAAGCUGACUGCUUUGCAGAAACAGCUAGACAUUGAGCUGAAGGUGAAACAUGGAGCAGAGAUUAUGGUCAAAGCAUAUUCAGAUGGGCGUUCCAAAAAUGUCAAACAUCUUGCUGCUGCCCAGAAAAUACUACAAGACAGCGAGAAAAAAAUAGACAGUUUGCGCAAGUUAAUUCUGGAAGAAAAGUCUAUUAUUAAAGAAGAAACAUCGUUACCAGUUCCGGAGACGGACAUUAAAACCAGUGCUCCCUCGUUAUUGGUGACGGACACACAGGAGCCAGAGUCGGCUGGCGAUAUUCCAACAUGUGAUAUGAAACCAAUUAUCCAACCGGAUGUGGAACUUGACUUAGAGGUGCCUCCUGCUCCAAGUCAAUCCUUUCUACAUAGUGAUCCGAGACGGUUUUCAUUCCAUAUGGAGAUCCCGGAUAUACCGGAUCAGAAUUCUGGAGAUAUCCAUGAAUGUAGCAUUGAUAACAGAUACAUCAUGACACCAGAUGUAAUGAGUCAGCCUAAUUGUUCCAGUCUGGAUAAUAGCGUCCCUAAACAUUCUGUGGACCUACCGCAUGACCACUUACCUGCUUUGUGGAUUCAAGAUCAGCUUCUUCUCAAAUUGCAGGACAUUCAACAUUGCUCUGUGCAAUCUGGGAAAAGGAGCUGGGAGGUAUCCAGGUACUUGGAAGAGUCUAAUUGGUUUGACAUUAAACCAGGGAUAACGCAUGGACACUCUGGGCAAUAA